CAGGUACAUACCUACACGCUACUAGCAGGAGGAGAAAAUAACACUAAGCUUGCGCAUGCGCAAAGAGGCUUACUUCUGCGGCCUAAAUUGGAGGAUAUAAGAGCCAGCACAACCUUAGCUCUUUGUGGAACUCCAUGCUGCUCUGAAAAACUGUACUACCAAGUUGUGCAAAGAUGGCUUGUUUUAUAUUAAGCCUGGUUCUCCUCCUUAUCUUCACUAUUUCCGUACCUCAAAUUGUAGAAGCGCAAGCUUUAGGAAGAACAUCCACUUCAAAUGGCAAAGAUUUCUACAUUGGAUUCAUGCAGAAUCUUGGCGGAACAGAAUUUACAUCUUUGCGACUGCUGCUUAGUACUGCUGCUGACGAAGCUAUGUUCGUAGUUGAAACUAGAAGUGAAACUAUUCAACAAGGAACUGUCACAUCUGGGAGUUCAAUUUCAAUUGAAAUUGAUCACUCUUUCCAAGUAGCACAAAGUGAUUUUCGUGAUAGAGAGAAAGGGAUCCACGUUUAUACUACAAACAAUGAGAGUAUUCUUGUCAUUGCGGAAAAUUUUGUUUCUCCCUUUAACUAUGGAGUUUUUCUGGCUUAUCCCUGCUUAAUAUUUGAAACUGAAAGUGGCUACGAGUACUACAUCAUCUCAACUGAAGCAUCUGACAACUUUCGAAGUCAAGUCUUGAUAGUUGGUUGUGAAAAUGAUACUUUAAUCUCAAUUAUACCCUCUCAAUCUGUUUCCUUACCAACAGACAUUCAUUCUCAAACUGAGAGUGCAACCAUUUCUGUUGAUCCUGGUGCAUCUCACAAUGGAACUUUCAACCAAAUGCAAACCCUCCUUUUGAUCAGUACGGAAGAUCUCACAGGGACAAGGAUAAUAUCCAAUAAACCUUUGACUGUGAUUGCUGGUCAUGAGUGUGCGAGUGUACCGCUUUCUGCUACUGGCUGUGAGCCAUUUGCUAUUCAGGUUCCCCCUGCCAUCACUUGGGGAUCAAGUUUCCUUCUAGCUAGUUUUGCUGGAAGAGAAACUCAGUCGGCGUAUAAGCUAGUUGUUACCGAAGAGACUACUUUUGUAGUUACUUGUGGCGAUAAUUCUCAGGGAAGUACAGUUACUGAUAGUUUUCAGUUUAGUUCAGAUAUGUUUUGCUUCUUGCACUCUUCAAAUCCAAUACUCUUGGUACAGAAAGCUACUGGUGGAAGUAUCGAUGGUAUUGGUGAUCCUGCCAUAGCUUUAGUUUCACCUAUCGACCAGUACAUCAACAAUGUUGCAUUUCUUUCUUUACCAUUUGAGUCGAACUACAUCAGUGUAACUGUCUCAGCUGAGCACUUUAAUGCUUCGAGUAUCUUGUUUAAUGGUGAAGUAAUUAACUGCGAAUGGAUUCCAAUCUUUAAUAACUCAAAUUCAGAAGUCCCAGAAGGAUAUGGAUGCAAUACAACAGUAGUCUGUGGAAGUGACAUGCCCACACAACAUGUUGUAUCUCAUUCGGAUCCAGACGGACGUCUCUCUGUACUGGUGUAUGGAUUCACUGUAGAUGAAGGAUAUGGUUACGCCUAUCUUGCUGGUCAGGAUAUUUCCGUUACAACUGAUGAUAGUGGUGAUGUUGUCUUCACGACACCUGGGUCUGUCCCUUAUUUUUCCAUUGAUGGAGCUCCUGGGGUUAUUGAUCUGGGCAGAGUUUCAGACACCUCUUCUGGUCCAAUCUAUAUUCCAAAUGGUUUAAUUUUUGGAAACCAUCUGUUCACAGCUGCUUUUGUGAAUGAAAAUGGAGUCAUUUCUUUCAAUGAACCAUGGAUGUUUUCGUACCCUAAUGAUUUCCCCACAAGAUCUAUUUGGACAAGGCAAAGAAAUGUCAUAGCACCAUUUUGGAGUGAUAAUGACAUUCGUCUAGAAGGGGUGGUAAGGUACACUUCGUACUGUAAUAUCUCCAACCAUCCAGAGUGCAAUCACAAUACCGACACAUAUCAACCCCUCCUUGAUGUUGUAAAUCGGUAUAUUCAGAAUGAUGUUGUAGCUGAAGGCAAUUUUUUUGUUGGAAAUUGGAUGCUAAUAGCUCAAUGGGAUCAUGUACACCCUAGUCCCCAUGGCAAUGAGACUCAGAAUAUGGGCUUCUCCAAUUUAGAACUAAACAAGACAAACACCUAUCAAGCUGUUGUGGUUACCAACAUCACUCAUUCUUUUGCACUCUUCACCUACAUCUGCGGGGAGAUCCAAUGGAGUACAUCAGGGACAAAACAGGAGGCUGUCAUUGGCUAUAAUUCUGAGGGACAGUUUUUUUUCAACUAUCGCUUAUCAGGAUACCCAUCUGUUGGUAAUGAUGUUUCAUGUUCAACUAGUUCGGUGAAAAGAAGAAAACGACAAAGUUCCAACGAAAAUACAGCAGGGUUUGAGAUGCCUACUCAAAUGGAGUUGCAAAAUCUUUUUGAUUUAUGCACUAAGAUUUAUAAAAAGGAUGUAUUAGAAUACACAGGAUCUAGUCCAAGUGCGUCUGCUGAUAUGUUAGAGCCAUGCCCUCCGACACGAAGCCAAGCUGAUGAGGAUGGUGCUCGUUUCCGACUUCAAAUCGACCGCCCUGAUUGCUAUGUGUCCAUGAAGCCUGUUACACAACGGCUAUCAACUGUUGGCCCGAUUUCACCCACUCAACAGUGCUGCUUCAACAGUGAUGGGGCUUUAAUAACAAGUGGUGUUGGAGCUGGAACGUUAUUAAUUCAACAUCCUUUAAGAGAUCCUGAUGGCUAUAUUGAAAAUAAUGCAGCAGAUUCAACUUUUGGUGACAAGACAUUCCGAGACACUUGUUGCGAUGAGAGGUUAAAUGGUACUCAGUGUAAUCAAUUCAUGAAUAGAAGACCAAGUGACAACUCAAGUGGCUAUACACCACCUAGUAUAGGUAUCGGCUGGGGAGAUCCACAUUAUACAACAUUUGAUGGUCUAUUUUAUGAUUUUCAAGGACAAGGAGAUUUUCACUUGUUGCAAGUUAUACCCGAAGGGCAUGAUGAUUCAAUAUUUUCUAUUCAAGGCCGUUUAUCGACUGAACCAUUUGAAUCAGAGAGUGUUGGAUGGACAUUGCAUGUUGGACUAGCAUUUGGAGCAUCAGAUAAUGCUUUUGAGGUUGGUAAGGCACCAGGAUUCAGACUAAUUCAAACCAGGCCGGGAACUUUUGCAAUGGAGAUCAAUGUGACAAGCCAUAAUUCAAUAUGGAAAUCGCCUAAUGGAGACGUGGAAAUACAAUACACGCAGCCACAAAAUAAUCAACCCGUUAUACUGAAUGCUUACUUCUUCAAUACUGGAAUUCAUCUUUUGGUGAGGCGCUAUCCAUUAAAUAAUUGGAUUCCGGGACUUGAUCCGUUAUUGUAUGACUGGAUAAACUUUGAAGUUCGAGUGCCUUGUAGUUAUUCCAUGAGGACCUUUGGCCUUUUGGGCAACUUGGAUGGAGACUCAACAAAUGAUCUUUAUAGACGUGGAAAUACAAUACCUUUAAAUUUUCCAGGAAGUCUAACUGAAGAGCAGCUGCGAGAAAUUCUUCAAGACUCAUGGAUAGUACAACAAGGUGAAAGCCUUUUUUCUGUUCCUGCUCGUCGUCGUAGACGCCAAGCGUCAGAAUUUCAGCCUGUUUUCUUCGAGAAUUUAAACUUUACAGAUGAGCAAAGACUGAUUUGUGACAAUAAUCGCCAAUGCCUGUUUGAUUUAGUUGCUUCUGGACAGCUGGACCUUGCUAUGACCACUCUUGACCAUGAAAAACAAGCUAAUAUGACAAACGAGCUCUUAAACAAUUUCCCACCUAUUAUAACAUCAGAGAAUACAAGUUACAAGGCUAUUUUGGGCCAAGAAUUGGUGAUUUAUCUGAAUGUUGAAGAUUCUGCUGAUAAUUUUACCGUGGUUGUACAAGGAGGCCUACCUGAUAACUCUGUUUUGGAAAAGCUGUCAGAAGGAAAAUAUGUAUUUCAAUGGACCAUGAAUAAAAUCGUAGCUGAGCCACUAAAGUUUUUGGCUAAUGACUCAAAAGGUGCUGCCUCGAUACUUGCUGUAACUCUAGAAAUCUGUGCUUGUGCCAAUGGAGGGAAUUGUACUCUAGAUGGCUUACUGAGUUCUAACAACGAGGUCAUUAUUCUAAAUUGCUUAUGCAUGAAAGCAUUUUCUGGAACUUUCUGUGAGGAGGAUCGCAAUGGGUGCUCAGAGAUACAAUGUUUUGAGGGGGUUGAGUGUAUGGACGUUCCUGCUCCUGGAGUUGGGGCGGUUUGUGGGGAUUGUCCUCCAGGCUAUACUGGAGACUCACUCAAGUGUUAUGAUAUUGACGAGUGUUUCCUUGAUGCAACUCUAUGUGAGCAAGUAUGCACAAAUACUGAUGGGGGGUUUGUGUGCUCUUGCAUGGAGGGUUAUCAGCUACUUGAUGGGAACCAGUGUGAAGAUAUUGAUGAGUGUACGACAAUUAAUAAUUGUCAACAGGUGUGCACGAACACUGAGGGCUCAUACUCUUGUAGCUGCAGUGAAGGGUUUACAUUGGCAACAGAUGAUAGAAACUGCACUGCGGAUGUGUCAUGUGAUGGAGCCUGUUCUUUCGCAUGUGCUGUCAUAGAUGAACAAGAAUUAUGCUAUUGUCCUGCUGGAUUCCACCUUGAAGAAGUGACAAGAACUCAAUGCAACGAUCGAGAUGAAUGCCUAAUAGAGAGCAAUCCUUGUGAGCAUGUGUGCACCAACAACGAGGGCUCAUUCAGCUGCUCCUGUAGAACUGGCUAUCAGCUCCUCAAUAAUGGCAAAACAUGUGAAGACAUUAAUGAAUGUUUUCAAGCUGCUCUCAUUUUGACUGAUCUCUGUGAGAAUGACCCAAAUUCCCAAUGUAUCAACACUGAAGGAUCUUUUACUUGCACUUGUGCGCCAGGAUACACUCUACAAAAUGAAUCCUGUCAACGUACCAGUGAGUGUUUCCUUGAUGCAACUCUAUGUGAGCAAGUAUGCACAGAUACUGAUAGGGGAUUUGUGUGCUCUUGCAUGGAGGGCUAUCAGCUACUUGAUGGGAACCAGUGUGAAGACACUGAUGAAUGUAUUCAAGCAGCUCACAUUUUGAUUGACCUCUGUGAGAGUGAACCAAAUUCUCAAUGUAUCAAUACUGAAGGAUCUUUUACAUGUACUUGUGCACCUGGAUAUGUCUUGCAAAAUGAGUCUUGCAUUAUACUGAUCAGGAAUGAACCCAAGCCCAAUGUUGAUGUAAUUAUUGUGGACAGUCAAGCAACACUGACACCUGACACAUUCACACCAAAUCGCCAAGAGAUAUUCAAGACAACAACAGCAGUAGCUGUUAAUAAUUAUUGCAAAUCUAUAUCCUGCAAGUUAAUCCUUCCGUCGGGAGAAGUUCAAAGGAUUACUCAACUUGUUAUUUCGUCAGCAAAUGUUGCCAUUCCUACUUCUCUCAUCAAGCAAAAUAAUGGAGGGUAUUUGGAAUUUGUUGUGUAUGUCCAAGUGAACGGAACAACCUAUCUCUUAAAAGAUCACCUGAAGUCGGCAAUAAUGAAUGCUGUAGAGCUCUAUAAAAUGAACGGAUUCAGUCCGACUUUGGAGGCUGCACUCCCUCCAACUGUACUGAACAGUGCAGCAGGACUCAUUGGAGUCAUAGUCGGAGCUGUGAUAACACCUGUCAUUUUGGCAGCAGUAAUUAUUCUAACUGUCAUGUGCUGUAAGCAUAAAAAAAACAAGAAGAAGAAUCUGUUUGAGAUGGACGAUGUAAAGGUCGUUGUAAAUCCUUUGUAUGAAGACAUAACUAUUGUAGCUAAGCUUAGGAACUAGCUAGCAAUUUUAACUAAAAACCACACGAUAAAAUAUUUGCAGUAGCUCAAUCUUUUAGUGAUAGUGUUAAUAAUUUUUGUUUAAUUGUGUUAAUUAACCCGAUAUUUAUCAGUUUUGAAA